UAAUUCAACAGCUACAGGAUUUAACACUCACAAUGAAGUUUGCAGCUGUAGUAACUAUUCUAGUGGUCAUCGCCUCUGCAUCACACCAACAGCCAACGAAACCUCCUACUAAUACUAAGCCAACGAAACCUCCUACUAAUACUGAGCCAACGAAACCUCCUACUAAGACUAACACUGCUGUGGCUGCCUCCGCAUCUCACCAACAGCCAACGAAACCUCCUACUAAGACUAACACUGCUGUGACUUCUAGAGAAUUGCUUAAAACAGUGUUGAAGGAAAAUUCUAUGAAGUUGCUGGAAGAUUUCCACAAGGACUACAAGCAUAUUGGAGCUGAAGAAUUUGACCAAAUGGGUGAUGAAAUAGCAGAAACUCCUGAGUUCAAAGAAGCACUGAGCACUAUAGUCGUAAAAAAAGAUGACGGUGAAAUAUCUCCAAGGUGUUUACCUGUUUUCUUUGUGACAAAAUAACCUUGCCACAUAUUCCAUCCAAUCAUAGAGCAACUGUAUGUGAGCUUAUGUCGCAAUUAAACCAUGUUGGCAUCUUCGACAGAUUCUGAUAUACAUUAACUUUUAUUUUGUUAAGAUCUUGCUUAUGCAAACAUUAUUUCCUAGCAAAGCCGACGUUUCGUUCACGAUUUUAUUACUAAUUAUGUAAUAUUGCAUGUCAUUCAUUCAUCGUUAACAUUAAAAUCUCUGUUAUUUUGUGUGUUUUCUCCUAUAA